ACCACAUUAGCAGCCAACAAUUCCCCAUCAUCGAACCUUUGGGAGAUUCCCCGCUUUUUCCCCUCAAAACCCACACCCACCCUUUCACUUCGUCCCUAUUUUUCCCCCAAAUUCCCCCAGAACCCAUCAAUUUUUCAAACCCUGUUUGGUUCCGAGUAUAACUCUAUUCCUCAGCCGGAUAAGCCCCAAAUUCCGGCACUAACCCAAGAAUGGUCUCCCCGGAAAACACCAAUUGGUUCAUCGAUUACGGCUUGAUCGACGAAAUCCCUGUCCCCGAUGCCAAUUUCCCUGUUUCUUCAUCGGGUUUCAACUGGUCUGUUCAGACCUUAAAUGGCUCCUCCAGUGUCAGUGUGGAGAUUGAUAACUCAUUGGGAGAUUCAGAUGGGCUUAAGGAAUCUGGCUCAAAAAAGAGGGUCAGAUCUGAUACGUGUGGUUCAUCUAGCUCAAAGGCAUGUAGGGAGAAGUUGCGAAGGGAUAGGCUUAAUGACAAAUUUCUGGAAUUGGGUGCUAUCUUGGAGCCUGGAAGGCCUCCCAAGACGGACAAGGCUGCAAUUUUGAUUGAUGCCGUCCGAAUGGUAAACCAGUUGAGGGGUGAAGCACAAAAGUUAAAGGAUUCAAAUUCGAAUCUCCAGGAGAAGAUCAAGGAAUUGAAGGCGGAGAAGAAUGAGCUCCGUGAUGAGAAGCAGAGGCUGAAGGGAGAGAAGGAGAAGUUGGAGCAACAACUUAAAGCUGUGAAUGCACAACCUGGAUUCUUGCCUCCCCCACCUGCAAUUCCUGCUGCGUAUGCUGCUCAAGGCCAAGCUCCUGGCAACAAGUUGGUGCCCUUCAUUGGUUACCCAGGUGUCGCCAUGUGGCAGUUCAUGCCUCCUGCUGCAGUGGAUACUUCGCAGGAUCAUGUUCUCCGCCCACCAGUGGCUUAAGCAAGCAGUACAAUGUUUGGAUGAUUUGGGUUUGCACUCUGCACCAAGGAAAUGUAUUCAUCAUGUCAUUGUUCUCAACUUUCUUUCUGGGUUUUUUGUUGUAGUCUUCUAACUGGAUUUGGUGGGUGACUUAACUGUAUUUGGAACCUGGGAUAUUUAUAUAUUGAUGCUGGGAUUCACAUGUAAAUGAUAAUAAGUUAGCAUGUUAACCUGUGUGUUUGCUUGAA